UCCUAGAUAUAAGAUGGAAUUUAUGGGUUUUGCACUUUCUGCUGUGUAUGGGAAUGGAAAGGGUUUGGAUUUAACAGAUAAAAUUAAAUCUGCUGUGUAUGAGUUGUUUGAUGAAUACAAGAGAAUGUUUGCUAAUGAAAAUGCAAACAUAAAUUCAAUUGCAAUUGAAAACUUGGAUGAGGAAGGAUCAAAAAAGAGAUCAAGGAUGAAUUUGGGUAGUCAAUUUUUAAAACAUAAAAUUGAGAUUGGAGAAGCUAAAAAUAAGUCAGAUCUGGAUUGCUAUCUUAACGAGAGUAUUCAUGUGGUGGAUGAGAAAGAUGAAUUUGAUAUAUUACUUUGGUGGAAACUUAACUCUAAUAGGUUCCCUAUCCUUUCUCAUAUGGCUAGAGAUAUUUUAGCAAUUCCUAUCUCUACUGUUGCAUCAGAAUCGGCUUUUAGCACAGGGGGUAGAGUACUUGACUCUUUUAGGAGUUCUUUAACUCCUAAAGUUGUUGAGGCUUUAAUAUGUGCACAAGAUUGGCUUCGAAAAUCUUAUUGUCGUAAGUCCAUUGAAGAACAAAUAGCAGAUAUGGAAAGACUUGAAGAAGCAUUUGCAAAUUGUGAGGUGGGUAGCAGUAUUAAUGAAAACAGUCAAAAUACCGUCAAUUGAUAUAAAAUGGGAUGAUUUAAAGUGAAAUAUCAGUUCAAGUUUGAAGAAUAUGGUGGUCAGAGACUUGAUGGCAAAAAUGAAGAUAUUUUUGUUUAAUUUUAUGCUCGUUCAAUCGUUUGGAAUUUGAAUCAUGUAAUUUUAGAUUUUUGGAUUAUGCAAUUUUCUUUAUAUUUAUAUUGGUGGCAUAUAUAUGUCUGUUGGAUUGAUGUCACUGAUGGAGUUGAUACUGUUACUAUAGUUUACAAGUUGCUAACUGCAAUGAGCUUCAGCGUCCUGUCAGCAAAUGUUGGACUUGGAAAUCUAACACAAGAUAGAUUCUUUUACUGUUCUGUUGAUCACUUCUGAAAUAUAGGUGUAUAUUUGUGCUUGAUUGUUUAAUCUUCCUGCUGUGGAAAUAGAGAGCAGCAGUACAAAUUUUGUUGCUUACUAGUGUUGUCAUUGCAUACUUGGUUUCAAUUUGCUAUUUUAUGGUUAGUAUUAUUUUACUGUUAUUGCUCUAUUUUGUAUUCUUGCGUUCAGAUUUUAUCUUCCCAAUCUGUACAUCCGAUGACACACUGCUUUUUGAAUUGAGUAUUGGGGCAUUUCAGCUGGGGUUCGCAUGAAUAUAUUUGCAU